AAAACACAGUUGUCUCCAGUGCAGAAUCUAAAUCCAUAGAAAGACAAACCUGGAUCUAGUAAGCCCCUUAAAGCCUGUGUCAGGAACAGGCAGGCAAAAAUUAAAGCUGAAGAGCAGCAACGGGGACACGGAGAAAUCUCUCGGAACCACCCGGGGCGGCUGCCAGCAGGAGGGAUUGCCUGCGGGGCCUCGCCACCCACUCCUGGGUGGUGCAAAGGGAGGUUCUCUGGAAAGCACGUCUGCCAGGCGCAAGGGCUGGGCACGGUGUGGGCAGGGGUGCUCUGCCAAGGGAGAAGGCAGGUGGGGAAAGGCACCAAACCAAGCUGCUCUUACUGGAACGCCGUCAGGAGACACGAAGAGACGGGUUUGUAGGAGGAGGUGGUAUCUUUUCUAGGACCGGCUGAUACAGCUGGAAAAAAUCAAAGAGGCUUUUGGGCACAGAGAUCUUUCUUCUGCAGACCUGGCACAGCCACCUCGAGAUAUUUCAAGACCAGAAAAGCCCCGGUGCAGACAGGGCAAGCCACAGAAGAGCCUCAGCGUGGUGGGGGAAGCCUGCGCUGCAAGGAAAUGCAGCUUCUGCCUGUUAUUCCUGGCCGUGCCUUCGUCCACCCUCUAACGUCUAAUGAGGGACUCUCAAAGUGGGGCUCGGGGCUCUGCCAGACCCGGGGACCCCCGAUGAGGCCUGCAAGCCUGUAACUUCCACGGAAGCCACUAAAAUGCGUCUGGAGGCAGAGAGCACCUAGAGACCGACAGACACAGCAUUCGCACGGGUUUCAUUACUCACAGAACAGCUCAAAGACAAUUACGCCGUUGAGUCCAGCUGUUUAAAAUCACUAAUUGAUAUUUGAAACAAAAUGAGGUAAAGACUCACAUUUAAAAUAACAGGCUAACCUAGCCCAAAACCUUUCGGCAUGAUGUUCAUAGGCUAAUUCAGGCUGGAGGGGACCCUGGGAGGUCUCUGUUCCAAGCCCCUGCCCCGAGCAGGGUCAGCGCUGGGGUCCCAGCAGGUUGCUCCAAGGCUGUGCUGGAGUUACAGAGCAGGACAGCGGCUGGGGGGGUUCGUCCCCCUCCGAAAGCAAACCAGCCCAGCCAACCUCCCGGCGGCUGUCCCCCGAGGACGCUGGCCGAAGCGGAGCCCUCGGCGCUCGACCCAGGCGAGUCCUGGCAAGUUUGCUUGUGGUGUCGAGAGGCCACCGAGAUGUAAUUUCAGCAACAGACGGCCAAAAAAGCCAGCCCGGCUGCACGAGGCGCAGAGCAGAGCACCGGCUCUGCCCUCGGGGUAAGGCUGGGGCUGGGAAGGAGCCGGGCAGGAGCUGCUGGUGGUGGUGAGAGCGUCCGUGGGGCGCGGGCGGCUCGCGGUCCUCCCCGCUCAGCCACCGCCCCUGCGCGAGGGCACAUCUGCGGAGCGGGACCCCGAGCUGCUGAGGGCGGGAAGGACGUUUUGGAGCAGCCGGCUCUGCCGAGGAAGGGCAACGUGGUGGCUUGCACCGAAGAGCUCCCCGUAGCCACGUCCCCCGACUCACCCGCGAUGCCCCAAGCAGGACAGAUGGACGGGCAGGCCGACAGGGGCCGCAAAGUCUUAACGCGAGGCUGAGAAGAUGCGGUGCAAAAAGAGGUUAAUUAAGGAACUUCAGAAACUUGUGUACUGGGGUGCUGAUAUAAGGACAUGAACUGCAUCUCGGUAAGGACGUAUAUGACGUUACGUGACAUUGCCCUCAACAAUUACAUACAUGACAAUACAGCCUGUCUGCAGGCAUAUAAAAUCACCUAAAAAUAAAAUUAUGUUGGAAUUUUAAUCCAAAGCAUGGAUGUAAAUUGAAAGCCGUCAAUACGCGUCCGGUUUGGGACAAUGCAUCUAAUAGAGUCACAGAAACUGCAUCCUCGAGCAAGGAAUAGGCUGGAGGCAAGAAGGCCAUCUGGAAAACAAGACUAAAUAAAUGCCCUGUUCCUACAGUCUUUCCCAGGCUUCUUGCUAGUGUUGGAGAUGGAAUACUGGGGGAAUUCCUCAUUGAUUUGAAGGGUCACGGCCUGCAUCAGUCCCUGUAUUGCUGAAACUGCAAAGGACAGAGGAUCCCUACUCAAACACAGGGCGGCAAAAUCAAAACUGAAGUCCUGGUCACCCGAGAGAGAAGCUAGGGGAAGCUUAGGUUUAAAUGAGAAAAAUGGUGGAGGGAAGGUAAUUAGUGGAGGAAGGUGAUGAGUGCAGGAAGGCGAAGCAGUCCCAGUGCUGCAGGUCUGGUGCUGUAUGGUGGAGGCAGCUCCCCUGGACGCUCUGCAGCUUUUCUUUACUCCUUUCGGGGAGGAAUCCCCUGGGAAUGGCCUGGGAGAGGGCAGGACAGAGCUGUGGAGCUGCUGGGACGUGACGAGCACACAGCCCCGUGGGCCGGGAAACACGAGCAGAGCGAAUGUGAGAUCUCACUUCACCUGCUCAGUAAUUACUUACAAAUCACUCUCUGGGUCCUGCCUCCCCAUCUCCUCUUUCAGUGGAAGCAAGCGUGUGACUGUGUGUACUUUCACUCCUACGCCUUUACUGUCUGCACGGGCUGUCCAAAAAUAACGUUCCAGCCAGUGCUCAAGCCUGCUCCAAGCUCCCCAGUUUAUUUACAAAAACAGCUGUCACUUGUUUGUGUAACAGAGUGGCUGCACGCGGGACAACUGCAAGUAAUGGAGAGUACAGGAGGCUUGUUAGCGUAAAGUCACUCUCCUCUAACACCAAGCAAAGAUCUUCAGGAGCCCCGGGGCCUCUCUGUUGGCUGCUCCUGUGUUUUUCCCCACUGAACUACAAAAUCUGGUGUGUGCAUGUCCUGCCAAGAGCAUUUGGACGCACUGCUGCAGCAUGGGGCACCUUAGGCUGACGCUGCAGGCAUCGUCUGCUAACUUUGGCCAACUUUGUAGGACCUCGGUGUCCAAACUGCCUUUGCAAAUAAUAGAAAAAAUUGAGACUCCCUGUGUGUGGCACAUCUCUCUCCUGCAGGUAUCCCAGCCUGCGAUGAGCUGCAGUUAGAUGGGGACGCCUCUGCCCUCCGAGAGCAAGAUUAGUCUAGCUCAUUGGCUCUGAUGGACGUGUAUGUUCAUGGCAGUCAGGCACAACUCAAAGGGAGGGAGGAUUUUAGGAUCUGCAGCUUUCCCAUAGGAGAAAAAUACCAUUUAAACACCAACCUGCAACAACCGACCAGAUCUCCAGCUCCUCUGCAGCGGUUGAGGUACCUGCGGGGUGGCUCUAAUCGCUAAAGGAGCAAAUCGAUUCCCCCUCUGCUUUCACCGUGCAGCCCGUUACAGCUCCACACAAGCUGUGAUGAAAUUACUGCUGGAAACAGAAAAGCCAGCACGUUAGAGUCAUUUAAUAAUUUUCGUUCUUGAUGAGUAGUUGGCAUCCCAACAAGGAGAGGAAAGAAAGAUUGCAGAAAACUGUACACGUGUGAAGUAAAAAGUAAACUCUUCUUUUCAGCUUUAGAGUGGCAGGAGAGGAGGCUGCCUGCUCCCAGCACUGCCAGGCGAGGCCGAGCCGUUUGAGUCAGGUCCUGGGUCUAAUUAACCAAGUGGUAAGGCAUAGUCAGUCACAGCAAAUGCCGUGGUGGUCAUUAACUAAAUCUGGUGCCUGGACGAAUGAGCAUGUUUGGGUUAGGGAAAUACAGCAAUCAACUGAUGUACGUUUUAAGCAAUUGCAGUAUGAACAGCAGAGCCCCAAGGAGUUGCAGAGCAAUGACCCUUAACUUUAUUUCUGACGGGGGAGGCUGGAACUGCUUUGCAGUUUAAAUAUGCAACGGCCUAUCAGUGAGAGUUUCUGUUCUUUGCUCUUAAAAGACCAGUGGUGGAAAAAAAAAAAAGCAAUUUGUCCUUUAGUUCAACUUCAGCUUAAGCUGUAACCCUGCAGGCCCAGGGUUGUCAGAUGUCCGUGCUUCACUCCUGCCUGCCUCCUUCCUGCUCGCCACAGGGAGAGCACUGAAAUGGUUCAUAGCAAAGACUGGGGCGGCACAUUAGUCAAACGUGGGCGACCAGGAAUGCUGCCGAAAAGAGCAAAGAUCUCCUGAGGUCACAGCACGGCAUCCUUUGCCUUUUAAGUGUGAGCCCAUGGUGUUAUCUCGCUCGGUGUGCUUUGUACCCUGGGCCACACUCAGUCUGGGCAUUCAGCCACAGCAGGAGACCCUACAGAAGGCUUUUUUGGACCUCCUCAUCUCUACCUGCUGCUUUACAGCCCUUUCUUGCUGUUCGUCUGCUGCAGGCGCUGGGGCAGGCAGCACCUGCAGUUUAUCUGUGCCCAGCCACCCGCUGUGCCUGCACCCCAACACCAAACACCACCCCGUUCUAGGUGGAUGGCCAAACCAGAGCUGCUUUAAAGCAGGGCGUGCUCCAGGACAAACAGCUUGGAGAAGGAUUUGGGAUGGCUCGUCGGCAUCCACAAAUGCUCGAGACUGCGGGGCUGGUGGAGGAGGGAGGAUGCAGACUGCGAGGAGAGAGGCACAGAGCGUGAAGGUGCAGCGGGAGAUAGCCCGGAGCAAGCUGUCGGGAGCUGUGCCACUUUAUGUGCACCCUGCAAAGGGGUUGUGGCCUCUGAACCAGCAGCGGGGUGCUGCGCCUGCUCGCUGCGUGGUGCACCGUGCUCUGAACCACUCGGGGCGCGACCGUCUGGGACGUGGCACCCCCAGGAGCCGCCCCGCGUGUCCAGCCUCCCCGGAGCACUCCUGCAAGGGAAGCGUGCCCACAUCCUGCACCCAGACGUGGUGAAGGGCAGCGUCUUGUACCCAGACGUGGUGAGGGUGUGGCGGGACUUGCAGCAAAGGGCCCUGCAGGCUCUCGAGACAGAGUCAGGGUAGAGCCCCUUCUCCCGCUGCUUCCAGUUUAACUGCCCUAAUCUCAUCCCCCUUCCCUAAAUUUGCUCAGCUGUGGACCAGAGUCAUGUCUCUCUUGUCCUGGAGUGCCAGUCAUCCUCCAGCCAUGGAAGAGGUUGUACACCUCCUGGAAAUUUUGGCAGGCCGGGGGUACCUGGAGCUGCUGCUUCUGCUGGAAUUUUUUUUUGUUCCUGGCUCACGGAGUAGGGACUCUUCUUCGGACCAUGUUGGUUGUGUGAACCAAGCUGUGCCGGCUCUCGUGCUGUAUCUCCCCAGUUGCUGCGUUCUCCAGGUAUUUUUUCUAUAGCUCUUCCAAAAGUUCAGCAAUUUUUCUGCUCCCUGACACCCUGGGCUCAAAGCUUUUGCCCACCGGCUGUGUGAUACACAGCUGCGCGUUACACGCCUCUGAUGACCAGCCACCUUUCAGCCUCUCGGAUGCACUGGCCAUUCUUGUUCCGCAGUGGCUCCGGCUGAAUUAAGAGCUCGUUUCCUUGGUUAAGAGCGUGAGAAGAGUGGAAUUUCACACGAAAGACCCCCCCCCCUCUUCCAGGAAACCACUCCCUGAGGCAGGCGGUGGGUGGGAGAACCGUGGCGCAAGGCCGGUAGUACCUGCGGCCGUGUCGGGGGGCUGCACACCCCCCUCUUUAGCUGUUGCACCGGACCCUGGGACAACCAGCUGUGACCUUGCAGGAGCCACAUCGUGGCCCACCAUGCGGCCAGCACAGCCUCUCCGCGCGCCCACGCUGCAGCUCUCACCAGAGAGCUUCCCUUCCUGGGAAAAGCACCUUCCCUGCUGGAAAAAGGGACUCUCUGGGGAAACAUUUUCACUUUUUUCAUCCUUCGGAGGGCACUGGCGAGCGGGUGGCCAUCACCCGCAGCCCACCUUUUCUUCCCAGAGCGCUCACCUCCCUCUUUGCAUCCAUCCAGAGACUCAUCUCUCUCCUGUCCUCCUCUGGGCACCCUCUCCGUACUGCCCGCUCCCGGGUCAUGACUUGAAACAAGCCAUACUGAAAAACACUCUAGCUGAUGCACAGCCCCCAGGCUUUGGGUCGGCCCCGCUCUCCUGGAGGCCUGUUUCAUGAUCCAACUGGGCUGACUGCUCUGCUCGCAGUGCCUGGAACACUGCAUGGCACCCCCACGCUAGAAACCCCAGUGCUUUCACUGCACUCUUCCCACAGCCUCCUUUCCCAGUGCGGAUCUCCCUCUCAAAAAACACAACGGGAGAAAAGAACUCUAAAAAGAGGAGGUGCCUUGUGCUGGGUCAACUUGAAAUGGAUGUGCUGUGUGCACACAGGAUGAUUUCUUUGGCUCGACCCCAGAUGGAAAGUUUCACUGUGACUUUUGACAACAUCUCAGCAAGGUCUCAAAGUCCAACCAAUUGGCUGUAUGAAAAGCCAUGGGAAGUGGAGCUCCAAGGACACAGACCUUUUCAGGCUCCUGCUGCUGCCCCUUGGUGUUCAGGUGCUCUGAAGGAACAAACUCCAUAGAAAACAUGAAAUUUGAGGAUCUCUUGCUGGAAAUCGGUGGCUUUGGCAGAUUCCAGAUUUUUAUUUUGCUUAUCCUCUGCCUCCCAAGAAUCAACCUUCCCAUGCAUUUCCUGCUGCACAAUUUUCUUGCCGCUACCCCCGCUCAUCACUGUGCAGUUCCACACCAAGAGGCGUUUCUGAACUUCACCAGGGAGGAAGUUCUGCUCAUCAGCAUCCCCCGGCAGCCCGACGGCACGUUCAGGUCCUGUGAGAUGUUCUCGAAGCCUCAGUUUCACCUCCUGCUGAAUUCCUCUCUGCAACCAGAAAACAACUCCAUCAUCCAGCGGUGCCAGCACGGAUGGGUCUAUGACCACUCACAGUUCACCUCCACCAUCUCCACCCAGUGGGACCUCGUGUGUGAGCAGCGCGGACUGAACCAGGCAACUGCAACCUUCUUCUUCAUCGGCGUUACGGCGGGGGCCGGGGUGUUCGGAUACCUUUCGGACAGGUUCGGACGGAAAGCCGUGCUCCUGCUGUCGCUCGUGUGCUCUCUCCUCUUUGGGAUGCUGAGCGCUGCCUCCGUCUCCUACAGCAUGCUGGCCAUCACGCGGACCCUCACCGGGGUGUCCCUGAGUGGGGUCUCCCUUACUGUGUUGCCUUUGGGGGUGGAGUGGGUGGACGUCCAGCACGGCGCCUUCUCCGGGAUCCUCACCAGCAUCUUCUGGCGCAUCGGAAACACGCUGCUGGCCACGGCCGCGUACCUGGUGCGGGAAUGGCACUGGUUAUUAGUGGCUGCAACGGGCCCUUGCCUCCUGAGCAUCGUCUGCCUCUGGUGGGUCCCCGAGUCAGCCCGGUGGCUCGUAGCCAACGGCAAGGUGAAACAAGCUCACAGGCAUCUGCUUCGAUGUGCAAGGAUGAACGGAAGGAAAGACUUCACUGUCUCACCAGAGGCCCUCGGAAGGAUGGCAGCAGACAAAAAGCCAGGAGAGAGUUACUCCUACAUCAGUUUGUUCAGGACACCGGUCCUGCGGAAGAUCUCGCUGUGUUCUGGGACUGUGUGGUUUGGUGUCGCCUUCUCUUAUUACGGCAUGAGCAUGAACCUAACCGGCUUUGGGCUCAACAUGUACCUCUCCCAGUUUGUCUUUGGCAUCAUUGAGAUUCCAGCCAAGCUGAUCACGUAUGCGCUGGUGAAUCGAGUUGGACGACGGCAGAGUCAGGCGUGGGCGCUCAUCCUGACCGGACUAUGCAUAGGAGCCAACGUCAUCAUUCCCAAGCCCUUCACCGCCUUGCGCUCUGUAGUAGCCAUUGUGGGCAAAGGUUUCUCAGAAGCUGCAUUCACUACCAUCUUCUUGUACACCUCUGAGCUCUACCCCACCGUACUGAGGCAGACUGGGAUGGGGCACACCUCCACUCACAGCGUGCCUCAGGCCCCACUCGUGUUUCUGCGGGACGAGGCGCGGCGGGCUCUGCCCGAGGUGACGUGCCGCGGCCUUCCCGCGCAUUGAUCUUAAAUUUACAGAAUGCCUUUGCCUCUUGCAUUGACUUCUGCAAACAACAGAGAUGAGUCACCAAAUUACCCGUAAAUUUGGAACCUCGACAAGCAGCACUUGCCUAAAUUGGGAAGAGGGAAUGGCCUCAGCAUCCGAGUCCCAGGCACA